AUGGGCAUCAUGAAGUUUACAAAAAAGUCCGCAGAUAAACCUGCCGAGACACCAGUCGCGAAUGAUCCAAUCGCUGAAACGAGCGCCUCAGAUAACGACACCGAGCCACCGAAGGAUGACACCGACUUUCAAGAAGUGCCGGCCGGUACCGUCGAGAAGGGAAACAUCUUCGACCAAGGUGGAAAGAAUUACAGAACCCUAGGCCGCUGGGACACCAUCCUCAUCCUCUUCACAAACCAGCUCGGUCUCGGCAUUCUAUCGCUACCGUCCACUAUCAAGACCCUCGGAAUCGUGCCUGGAAUUAUUGCUAUUCUCGGAAUCGGCGCGCUUUCUUGGUAUGCGGCGUAUGAGCUGCUGCAGUUCUAUCGCAAACACCCCAAUGUUGUUAGUAUCGUCGAGAUGACACGGAUUGUCGGCGGCGCAUGGUUCGAGACAUUAGCUGGCUUUAUCAUGAUGAUCCAAGUUGUCUUCAUCGUCGCAUCGGCCACCGUUACAAUCUCCGUCGCGCUGAACACGCUCAGCAGCCAUGCUACCUGUACCGUUAUCUGGAUCCUCGUGGCCUGCAUCGCCUGUUAUGUCCUCUCCAUCCCACGAACUAUGAAGUUCGUCUCCAAGGCCGGAAUCCCCAAUGCGGUCAGCGUCGUCUCCGCAUGUCUGAUCGUUCUGAUCAGCUUGGCUAUUUCUGGCCCUGCUAUUGCGCCUGAGGGUUGGCAUAAGGAGAUCAAGAUUGUUGGUAACCCCACGUUUCGCGAUGGCCUAAAUGCUUGCCUGAGAGUUGUCUUUUCCUACGCCGGCACAUUUACAUUCCCGUCUUAUAUGGCUGAGAUGAAGGACCCUGCCAAAGACUUCCGAUUUGCACUGGCCGUUCUCGAGGUCGGCAGCACACUGUUCUACAUCGUCAUGGCCGUCGCUUUGUACUGUCUCGCCGGCGAUCUGACAACAUCGCCCGUUCUCAGCGCCGCCUCUUCGAUCCCCGCCAAGGUCGCGUACGGCAUUGUCCUCCCGGCUGUUAUUGCUACCGCGCUCUCCAUCGGCCACACAGGCUGCAAAUACGUCUACGUUACAGCGAUGCGCCAAAUGCGAUCCACCCACCAGGUCACAGACAACAGCGUCAAGUCCUGGGUCACCUGGAUCUUGUCCGUUACUGUUUUCUGGGCUCUCAUCUUCAUCAUCGCCAACGUCAUCCCUAUCUUCGACUCGAUCCUCUCCAUUACCUCGGCUACCACCAUCCCAUGGUUCACGUAUGGCUUCGCCGCCAUCUUCUGGCUACAUCUCAACAAGGGCCUUUAUUUCUCGACGUGGCAAAAAACGGUUCUCACUGUUAUCAACGUUCUCAUGGUCUGCCUAACACUCUUCCUGAAUGCGGGUGGUUUGUGGGCGGCUAUCACUGAGCUGUUGGACCUCUUUGAGAAGAACAAGGAUGGGAUUGGAGGAGUUUUCUCCUGUGGAGAUAACUCUAUCUUUUAG